AUGAAACGCUUCUUUUCUGUUGGUUCAAAGCUAUUCAAAUCAGAGAGUGAAGAAUUAAGAAAAACUAUAAAAUUUCUAACUAGUAAGGACAAUGGUAGAUUGAGUUCAUUGUUGGGACUAGACUCAAGUACAAGUACAAGUCCUUCCCGUUCCAAUGAUCCAGGAUUACAACAAGAUAAAGAGCAUGUAGAGAGAAUUUUAAAAUUGUUAAAUACCUCUUUACCAGAGGUAGAGACUAAGAAGAGGAAAGUGGAGGCUCACUAUAACGUAUUGUUUUCUCAAUUAAAGAAAUUAGUAGAGGAAUCUGUUUCUGUAAAUGAUAUUACAAAAUACCCCAAUAAGAAUGAUCCUUCUCACACAUAUGAGACAGAAAAUAAAAAUCCAUCUACCUCUCUGCAAUUAUUUGAUCAAUUGAUGAUGCUUAAAUAUACGAAUAAACUAAUAAAUUCAAAUCAAAUUUCAUCAAUUAUACUGAAUAAAGAGUUUAAGGAGUUUGAAAAACUUCAAUCUGUCAUCCCUUUGUUCAAUGAAGAACAAAAAUUGAAUAUUUCUUUGCUAUUAUACUAUAGAAGUCAUAACCCACAUUUAUUAAAAGAAUUUAAGGAAAAAUGGAUACAGGGCUAUCCGACGUUGCAUGUUAGUAUUAAAAGAUUAUUUUGGAGAUGCAUGUCCUUCAGUUGUAAUGAUGAAAAUUUGACUUUUGAAAUUAGGGAUAUAUUGAAAAAAGUUGGCAGUCAGGAUCCUAGUAAUGUGAUACUGAUAUAUCAAUCUCUUUACAAGAGAGCUCUCUAUUUAGAUUAUGCCGUUUUUGAAGUGCCGAAUAAUCUACUGACACAUAAUCAAGAUCUGUUCGUUAAAAUUAUAACGUUACUGUCAGAGUAUAACGAAAAAAUAGAAUCUGGGACUACUAAGUGGUUGAUUAAAAUUGUCAAAUCUAGUGUAGAUAAUAAAUUGUUGAUGGAGAAGCCUAGUGCAAACAACCUAGAUAUAAAAAAAGAUCCAAACAUUUCAAUAUAUCAAUAUAGGUUUAUUAGAGCACUAGAUAUAGAGAUGCACGAGAUCUUUAGUAGUUGUAAAGACAAACCAGAAUUUCAAAAUUUAAAAUCCGAACUCAAAGAGAUAUUAAGUUUUGUUAGAGAGGAAGAGAUGGACAUCAAAUCCCAAUUAGCAUUAAAAUUCAUUUAG